UGCUAUUAUUAUUUUCCAAGUAAAGAAGUUGUUGACUUCGGUUACUGUUUAGAUGUGAUUUGUAAUUUAGAUAAUUGUGUUUAAUGAUGUUAGGUGGUUUUGUAGUGUCGCAACUUCUCGCUGUUGAAAUUGUAACUGUUGUUAGCGGUAUCUCAAAUGGCGUUCUGAUUAACAAGUAGCGCGCUACAGCUACCAUUAUCAUACACACUACAUAGGGUGCGCAUAGGCACUUAACAGACAUUGGGGACACGGCCCAUGUAAAUAAGCCUCUGUAAAUCCAGUCAGUGAGGUACUGAGAGGGUACAGGAGUGAGUGUGUAAAAGUUAAAUAAAACUGUGUGUUUAUUGUUGUAGAGUAAAGAGAGGCAGUGUAAAUGGGGAACAGCGCUCUCACAGCUCAUCUGGAGACCUCACAAAAAACCGGAGUGUUUCAGUUAACGGGCAAAAACCUGCAGGAGUUUCCAGAAGAGUUACAGCGGCUCAGUGGAAAUCUGCGCACUGUCGACUUGUCCAACAACAAAAUCGAGACGCUGCCUGUGUUUAUAGGAAACUUCCAGCAGCUGAAGAGUCUGACCAUCAGCAGCAACCGCCUGACCAGUCUCCCUGCUGAGAUGGGGAAGCUGAGGAAGUUGGAGACGUUGGUGUUAAACAGUAACCAGCUCACUCAGCUCCCUGCCUCGUUCUCUCAGCUCAAAGCUCUGCGUACACUCAGUCUCUCAGCCAAUCAGUUCAGAGAAUUUCCCAGCAGACUCGGCUCCCUGCGUCAGCUCGACGUCCUCGACUUGUCCAAAAACCGCAUACAGGCCAUUCCUGAUGAGGUGUCUGAGCUGCAGGCCAUCGAGAUCAACCUCAACCAGAACCAGAUCUCAGCUCUGUCUCCGGAGGUUUCUCGCUGUCCGAGACUGAAGGUGCUCAGGUUAGAGGAGAACUGUCUGGAACUUUCCUCCAUCCCCUCCUCCAUCCUCACACACUCCAAUGUGGCUCUGCUCUCUGUUGAGGGAAACCUGUUUGAGGUGAAGAAGCUGCGCGACCUCGACGGGUAUGAAAAGUACAUGGAGCGCUUCACGGCAACAAAGAAGAAAUUUGCAUGAAGGACAAAAAAAAAAAAAAACACGGGUAAUUGGGUGCAUGACAGAAAAGAACAGAAAACUAUUUUGAUGAACAUUAAAACUCCAGCGCUGAGUUCCUGCUGUACGGAAAACUUGAGCGAGGAAUCGGGGGAGGAAAUGUGUUUGGAAGUGUAUAACACACUACGUUAUAAUUUGAAGGUGUCAUUAUGAUUCUAACAUACAGUUCGUCAAUUUCAUUGUCCUGUUAAUGCCUGUGUCUUAAUGCACAAAAAGAGUGUAAAAACCUAACCGCUUCAGUCCUGCACUAACAUGCUUUAAUGCCUUUACACACCCUGGAGUACAGGCGUUAUAUAUUCAGCUAUGAAUACAGGUUUCAGAGUCCAACACGUGCACAAAAAUAAAUAUAUCCUAAAGAGAGUCAGACAUGAGGCUUUAAAGAUUUUACAUAAUAUUAAUUUAUAUGUAUAAAUUUUUUGCAAAAAAAGUAUAAUAUACAUAACUAUGAACAAUUUAAGUUAUUAUAAACAGGCAUGCCGCUGAAAUUUCAGAUUUUUAUUUGUUCACGGUUUGCUUUUCAAAAUGGAUAUCAGGAUCUCUAUCUAUCUGUUUAUUGGUUUAUGCAGUCACAUGACACUUGAAACUACAGUAGUCACAUCCCCCUCUCUCUGCUGAAGAAAACAAUAUAAAACACAUUGUUGAAAGCAAGACACUUUACUAAGUGUUAAACAUAGGCAUCAGAAAAUUACUAAAGUAUACACAAUCCUCUUAAUGUCUUAUUAACAUCUUAACACUAAUACUGUAGCUUCUUAUACCCUUUAAAGCAUGUGUGUUUAUUCUUCACAGUUUACUCUGUCUUCAACAAGCCAUGUGUCAACUCGACUACAAUAUAUGCAAAAACACAUGGUGCAAAAAUGUAUUGGCACCCCGUGUCCUGUUCAGGCCUCUUUUUAUUUUAUGCAUUGUAGAGAAGGACAUCCCAUAAUCUUGUGGCCAUGACUGAUCAAGAUGUGAAAAUUAUUUAUCAGCUGAAGUCAGAACAUUAAUGUGCUCAAAUGUGUCAUAUAUAAAUAUAAUAAAUGCAGAUAUAAAGA